CGCCGUCAGGCUAAAUCGCUUACACAAUCCGCUGCAUGUCUCUGCCCACUCUCAUUCUGCUGUGACUGCUCCUGCCUGUAGCCGGCUUCUCUUCCUCAGCCGCACCAUAAAGGCGACAUCGCGCAGAAUUGCCUCCCUCCACCAUUGUACCCUUUGUAGCCGCUGUCCCGCUACAGACCUCCCUCACUCACGGCCCCCCCAUUCAUUCACCGGGCCCCCUACUUGUGAACCUUCCAAGGAUGAGUGAGGAUCAUGUACAGAACGACUCGCAGAUCGAGGCUGUUUUUCGGGUAAAUGACUCUCACAAACACAAGAAAGACAAAGAACAUCGCCACAAAGAACACAAGAAAGACAAAGACCGUGAAAAAUCCAAACACAACAACAGUGAACACAGGGAUCCUUCAGAAAAGAAGCAUAAAGAUAAACACAAAAACAAUGAUAAACAUCGGGAGAAAGAUGGGGAGAAACACAGAGAAAGAGAUGGGGAGAAACAUAGGGACAAAAAUGGGGAGAAACACAGAGAUGGAGAAAAACACAAAGAGAAAGACAUUGAGAAACACAAGGAAGUUGAGAAACAUCGGGUAAAGGAUGGAGAGAAACACAAAGAGAAGGAUGUGGAGAAGCACAAAGAGAAGGAUGUGGAGAAGCAUCGAGAUGGAGAAAAGCAUAAACACAGAGAUAAAGAUCGGGAGAAGAAGAAAGAGGAAAAAAUGAAAUCUUCCAGCGGCGGUGUUAAAGUGAAAAAAGAAAACGGUUUCUCUAGUCCUGUGCGAGUUAAGGAUGAGCCAGAAGAUCAAGGCUUCUACGUGUCCCCCAAGGAAAACAAGGCAAUGAAGAGGCCAAGAGAGGAUGAUGAGGAUUACAAACCUAAGAAGAUCAAGUCCGAAGAUGAUAAAAAAGGGAAAAAGCGAAAACAAGAGGAAGAGGAUAUUAAGCCCAAGAAAAAAAGUAAGGCCAAAGGCAAUGAAGAAGGAGUGAAAAAGAAAAAAGUCAAAAAGGAGGAGGAAGAGAAGUGGAAAUGGUGGGAGGAGGAGCGGCACGCCGAUGGCAUUAAGUGGAAGUUCUUGGAACAUAAAGGUCCUGUGUUUGCUCCCCCCUAUGAACCCGUCCCAGACAAUGUGAAAUUUUACUAUGACGGUAAUCUUGUAAAGCUUAGCCCAAAAGCUGAAGAAGUGGCCACGUUCUUUGCAAAAAUGUUGGAUCACGAGUACACUACUAAGGACAUCUUUCGCAAAAACUUCUUCAAAGACUGGAAGAAGGAGAUGACGACUGAUGAAAGAAACCUCAUCACCAACUUGAGCAAAUGCGACUUCAAUGCGAUGAGCCUGUACUUUAAAGAGCAAUCCGAAGCAAGGAAGAAUAUGACCAAGGAAGAAAAGCUGAAAAUCAAAGCAGAGAACGAGCGGUUAUUGCAGGAGUACGGCUACUGUAUCAUGGACAACCACAAGGAACGUAUUGCUAACUUUCGUAUAGAACCUCCUGGUCUGUUUAGGGGCAGAGGAGAUCACCCCAAAAUGGGCAAACUUAAGAAAAGGAUAAUGCCUGAAGACAUCAUAAUCAACUGCAGCAAAGACUCAAAAAUUCCUGUUGCUCCUGCUGGUCACAAGUGGAAAGAGGUUCGGCAUGAUGGCAAGGUCACAUGGCUGGUAUCAUGGACUGAAAACAUUCAGGGUUCUAUCAAAUACAUCAUGCUCAACCCUAGCUCCCGAAUCAAGGGUGAGAAGGACUGGCAGAAAUAUGAGACUGCCCGAAGGCUCAAGAUGUGUGUUGAAAAGAUUCGAAAUACCUACAAAGAAGACUGGAAGUCCAAAGAGAUGAAAGUUCGGCAGAGAGCAGUAGCUCUCUACUUUAUAGACAAGCUUGCUUUGAGAGCUGGCAAUGAAAAGGAAGAGGGAGAAACCGCAGAUACAGUAGGUUGUUGCUCCUUGCGAGUAGAACACAUCAAUCUGUUCCAAGAGUUGGACGGCCAAGAGUUUGUGGUGGAGUUUGACUUCCCGGGUAAAGAUUCCAUCCGCUACUACAACAAGGUGCCUGUGGAGAAAAGGGUUUUCAAAAAUCUUCAGCUCUUCAUGGAAAACAAGCAGCCUGACGAUGACCUGUUUGACAGACUCAAUACAAGCAUUUUGAACAAGCACCUUCAGGACCUGAUGGAGGGACUAACAGCCAAAGUAUUCAGAACAUACAACGCCUCCAUCACCCUGCAGCAACAGCUAGAUGAGCUUACUAACUCUGAUGACAACGUUCCCGCCAAGAUCUUGUCCUAUAACCGUGCCAACAGAGCAGUCGCCAUCCUGUGUAACCAUCAGCGGGCCCCUCCUAAAACAUUUGAGAAAUCUAUGAUGAACCUACAGGGCAAGAUAGAUGCGAAGAAGGAUCAGUUGGCAGAUGCCAGGAGGGAGUUCAAGAGUGCGAAAGCAGAUGCGAAGGUCAGGCGGGAUGAAAAAACCAAAAAGCUUGUAGAAAGCAAAAAGAAAGCCGUGCAGAGGAUAGAAGAACAGCUGAUGAAGUUGGAGGUACAAGCAACAGACAGGGAAGAAAACAAACAGAUUGCCCUUGGAACCUCCAAACUCAACUACCUGGAUCCCAGAAUCUCUGUGGCAUGGUGUAAAAAAUAUGGUGUUCCUAUUGAAAAAAUCUACAACAAAACCCAGAGGGAAAAAUUUGCUUGGGCCCUCGAUAUGGCAGACGACGACUUCAAAUUUUAAUGCAGAACAGCGUUGUUUUUCUUAAAUUUUAUUAUUUUAAGCCUGGAUGUCGCCUCCGAAAGGGGACUUUUAGGGAACUGUGAGCCUUACUUUUUUGAAUUUUAAUUAUGAUUUUUUUUUUUUUUGUGUGCGCGUUAAAGCUGGGAAGGGGAUAUGUACAGAUUAAGAAAUGAUGGCUGAGAAAAACCCCUCUCCCCCCCCCCACACCCGAAUGAAAAUUGAAUUGGAGGUGACUGAACAAUCUUCCCCGAGCUGCCUUUUGUAUUGUCCCAUGGACAUUUAGUAUAUAAUCGGAUCACAUCAAAUAUGGCAACGUUUAAAAUCUUGGGGGUGGGAGCGAGAGGUUUAUAUGUAAGAAACAAAAACAUUGCAGAUUGUGUUCUAGAGGCUGUACAGCAUUUACAAGAGAAACAUGCAUUUCAUUUUUUUUUCUUUUUUAAAAUAGCAUCUAUUUUAAUGGGGGGGGGGAUCUUUCUGCUCAUAUCCCCUUACCCUGAAUUCAGUUUUUUUUUUCCUUGUUCUGCUGAUCGAUGAGCUUGUCUUGCUGGCAGCUGAGGGGUUAAUUUAACUCUCUUCUAUCCAACUAACUUGAUGCAUAGAUUCCGACCAAUCAUAGAAUUUCUGUUUUGCUACUUUUACAAUGUGACCAUUUUUAACCCCUCCUUCAGAUAUCCAGUGGAAGAAAAGCAGAUGGUAUCAUUUUUUUUGGGUUUUAGAAAUGUGAAUUUUUUUUUUUCUUAAUUAUUUUAACUAUUUAAACCUUUUAAUAUGUUUGGUAGCAUCAAAAAAAAAAACAAGAAAGAUUCCACAAACAUUGAAUUUUAUGCUUCUACAUUUUGAAUUCAAUAUGGGGAAAGGGGGAUUAUCCUUAAAGUGCAAUGGAGACCAAAAAAAAAACCCUUUCCUGUGGCUGAAGUUUGUGUAAGGGAGACUCCUGCUGCAUGCUGGGUAUAAUCCCACUACUGACACCGGUUCUGUUCCUGCGGUGGCUCACGUGGAGCUCAAGAAACUGUUGAGACCCCUGCAAUCGCUAAGGGAAAUUUAACUUGAUGAAUAACCCCAUUUUUAAAGGUCAAAAUAACGAUUGGUGGAUUUGUUUUGCAUAUAAAGAACUUGAAAUCCACUCGGCACAGGAUUCGCUACUGUAUUCCUAUAAAGGCACUAGUGUAAAUGCAAUGGAAGACCUUUUUUUUUUUUUCUCUGUAACAUGUCUGGAAAAUGAAUAAGGCGAGGGAAAAGAAACUUGUAAAAUUUUAAUGUGAAUAUAUUUUUUUUUUUUUUUUUGCCUAGAAUCCUCCAUUUUAGUUUUGAUUCUUAGAUCAAUUCCAAAGUGUUCAGAGCAGUCUUUUUUUUCUUUUUUUUUUCCUUGGACAAUUUUCCCCUUUUAUCUUCUAUUUUUAUCAUGAAUUUGCCAUUAAUGGAGUGUAGGUUAUUUAAAAUAAAACCCUACAACUUGCA